CGAAGCAGCCGGCGGGACCGACGCGAGCGGGAAGGGGGCAAAAUGGCGACUGCCGCCCAGGUGCGCGAGAACAUCCAGAUGCUGCUGGAGGCGGCCGAGUUCCUGGAGCGGAGAGAGCGAGAAGCUGAGCAUGGCUAUGCUUCUAUGUUACCUUACAGCACCAAGGACAGAGAUGUCUUAAAACGAAGAAACAAGUCCAAGAAAUACAGCAGUAGUAGCAGAUCAACUCACAAUGAAAUGGAGAAGAACAGACGUGCUCAUCUGCGGUUGUGUCUGGAGAAGCUUAAAGGGCUGGUGCCCCUGGGACCGGAAUCCAGUAGACAUACUACGCUGAGUUUACUAACAAAAGCGAAAUUGCACAUAAAGAAACUUGAAGACUAUGACAGAAAAGCAGUACACCAAAUAGAUCAGUUGCAACGAGAACAGCGGCACCUGAAAAGGCAGUUGGAGAAACUGGGCAUUGAGCGAAUAAGAAUGGACAGUGUAGGGUCAACAGUUUCUUCUGAGCGAUCAGAUUCAGACAGAGAAGAAAUUGAUGUGGAUGUGGAAAGCACAGACUAUCUAACGGGUGACCUGGACUGGAGCAGCAGCAGUCCAAGUGAUUCAGAUGAAAGAGGAAGCCUGCAGAGUGUCUGCAGCGAUGAGGGGUAUUCAAGCGCCGGCAUUAAGAGAAUAAAGCUGCAGAACAAUCUUAAGGCCUGUCUCAGUCUAUAAGGAGCCAGUCGCCUUUUCCUCAUCCAUUGCUGUUUCCUUGUUGGAUCCUACUAGGUAGUAUGUUGGACCGUCCCACAAUUCUCUUGCACGUAAACUUCUUGUACCACCAACAUUACCAAAAUCUGCUUUGCCUAAGUCUGAAAACAGUGCAUAGGGUUGUGGGUUACAAGCUACUCUCUGGAGCACACAUCUGAUGGCAUCCACUAGCUUCUCUUUUCUGUCAGUAAACUCAUCUCUAUGAGACUGAACAUUCCAAUCAAAUUUCUAAGAACCCAAGAAUAUUGUUGCAGUAAUAGCAACAAACACUUUUUGCCUGUGCUGCUAUUGCUUAACAUUCUAGAAGAACCUUUUCACCAUGAGGUGGGAAGAUGGGAGAUCAUAAAGUAAGGUGUUUGGAAACUGUAGCCAGACUAGCCACUAUUCCUCAAAUGUGACCUCUAUAGGAGAAAUUCUGCUUUCUUGUCAUUCAGAGCUGAAAAUUGGCAUUGACAGAUAUACAAAGCAUUGUAAGUUUCUGCUAGGGAAUUAUGCAGUGGAACUUCCCAACCACUGAAGUGUCCCAAGCAAAUGCAGUUGUAACAUAGCCGUCUCUGAGGCACUCCUGCCAGCAUGGAAUCAAAGCUCCCUUUGGAUUUGAAAUGCUGAGCCACCCUUCUCAGUAAGUCCCACAGAGCUAGGUUUGAGAUUGGCAAUGGAGAGAUUAAAAUGAAGUUUGGCAGAAAUAUUUCAGGAAUAGAAUUGUGCUGGAGCGGGUUGGAGGGGGUGUGUUUUUUCUUUUCACUUUUAGCUGAUUACCCUAUUAGGGUGCCUUCGCUCAAACACAUCUCUAUACCUUUGUGUCAAAAGACCAAAUACUACUCCUGUGCAAUCUUUAUUAUAAUGUCUUUGCAUCGACAGCAACGUUGACCUUUUGUUCCUAGCAGCUUUUGUAGCUGCUAAUUCCUGCUUCUUGUCUCUGGGACAAUUAUUUCUACCUCAGAGAGAUGAACAAAGCUGAUCUCAAUCCCUUUAGCACAAAAGAAUUAUGCCUCAUUUGUAUACUUGGUUCUAGUCCAAUUUGUUUACUUAAAAAUUCAGCAAUAACCGAGUGACGAAGUUAGCUGUGCUAGCUUUGAGUUAAUGACUGAGGAGACGGCAUUAAAGUAAUUCUGUGGUGCCCUCUUAGCAUUCUAGCACUUCCUUGCCUGUUUAAAUUAUUUGGUAGCCCUCUGAAAGUGGCUUCAGUGGGGAUUUUGGGUUUUGACCAUCAGGCUUUCCUCUUUUCUGCCCCCCCUUUCGCACAGUCUUGGGUGUCCCAUGUCAACAGCAUUCUUCACGUAACCUAUAUAGAGCACACACAAAUGUACAUAACAUGUGGUCUAUAAAUAGUAUUUAUUCAUUUUUAUAUAUAAAGUUAAUGUAAUAUGAACUUGUGCUUUUAUAGAUGUUUAGGAAACUUUAUAUGUCAUGGUCUACUAACUGAGAUGUCCUUAGUCUCCUUCUUUUUCCUUUGAACAUUAAUAUUGUCCGUCCCCACCCAACCCCCUUGGCCAACUCCUAAUGGCUUUUAAUUUUGAUUUUCCAUAUGCAGCUAUAGCUGCCACCCAGCACUUAGAGGACACCUGAGAGCCAGUUAAGCAACUUAAUGUCACUUCACUUUAAAAGGGCUGUGUAGCUUAUUUAGCUUCUAAUUCAGGCUUACUUGCAGGUUAUGGCGGAGCUGCCAAAAUCCACUGUCAAAGUUCUAAACAACAUAAAAAUACAUUUUGAUUUUUUCCCCUCAAGAAGCUUGAAGCUAUCUCUGGAUAAAUGUUUUAGAUGGGAAGUGGGGCUAGUGGAUUGCUAAAGAUCUCCAAAGUUAUUUCUUUUGAGUGUGCUAUCUUUUUUUUUUUUUUAAAAAAAAAUGCAGCUGGAAUUUUCAGAUGUCCAGCAGACUUGCACUGAACUCCUACUUGUCGGAGGCCACCUUGCAUUUAUAAGCUGGCUUUGAGUCCAAGCAGAAAAACUUCAGACCUGUGAACUUCAAAGAAGUUGAGUAGCUGCACUCUGAGAUCCUUUGUUCCGACAUGUUUUUGCCCAAGACCUUUGAGCUUCUGUUUUAUUAAUGAGUUGCAUAAACUAUCUCACAUAUUCAACUCCAUGUUGCCACCUUAAGGUUCAAAGUAACUUCAGAUUUUGGGGGCAUUUUGGUGGGGUAAAUUUAAACUACAAAUUUGUGUACUUUACUUUAGAAGUAAUGAGUCUUAAGGAUUCAGUCUAAUGUGUUUUUUAAUUGAUGUGCCUUUUAUGACUUAAUUAUAACUGGGCACAGUCCACCUGACUUCUCCUGGGUACUGCCCCUUCUCUUCCUCCUUCCCUAACAAUAUCUAAACAAGUGGAAGUAGCAGACACAUCCAUGGUUGUAUGCAGCUGCUUUCAUUUUAGUGGACUUUGAACAGGAGAAAUUCCUAGUGGAUUGUGCCCAUCCUCUUUUUUUUUUUUUUUUAGUAAAAUACUGUGGGAUUUUAUUCUAUUUUAUUUUGAUGUCCCUAUUGUGAAUCAGUAAUUAAUCUUUGCACUGUCUGGAUGUGGUCCUUGGAUGGUACAGAAAAUAGUGAACUUUGCAAGUCAUGCACUAAUGUCAAAACUAACCUAAAGAGGUAUGUGGUGUUUCAGAAACAUCUAGAUAAGUAAAAUAAAUUGUCCUGUGGGCUCCAGGGACAUCUUUUAAUGUCUUGGCUAGGACUAGUCUUGGCAGCUCCAAACUUCUGUGGUCCUCUUUGCUAUUCACCCAGCCCACCCCUCAGAUAGCUGUACCUACUUCAAGUCUGGAGAAAUAGCCCCAAUUGUCUAUGUGGCCUCCAGUAAUGUCCAACCUCCUGCCCACAACUUUAGUGAGGUUUGCAUAGCAAAGGUGCGAUGCAUAACCACACAAAUUUUCCUUUCUAACCACAUGAGCUGAAGUUUCAUACACUGCCAGAGUGGCAUGGGAGCAGCUAUGGAAGUAGCAGCAACCAUGGCGCUUCGGUAAUGUGUAAACUGGGCCAUAGAAGUGUAACAUUCUGGUCCAGCCAGCCUUUCUCUCGAAUUCACUGAUCCACCAGCAUUAUUAUUCAAUAAGCUUCAGAAAAUUAAUUUUGUAGGUUGUUAAAAGGGAGCUGGGGUUGUUUCUGUGCCUGCGUUUGCAGCUGGAAGUCGUGUGUAUGCUUAAAAAGGUCACAAUGCUGUUGCACUUGGUAACUUUCUGUGCACACAGUAGAUAGGGAGCACACUUGAUUGGAAAUGGAAAUCCAAAAUUUGUGCUCUUAUUGAUCAGAAAUAAAUAUGGGUGUCAGAGUGACAGUCUGAAGUAUCUUAAAAGUAUUGUCUGUACCUGAUGAACCUUUUUCCUGAGUGUUGAACACCCAGAUCUUUUAUUAUGGUAUUGUCUUUGUUUUGUUUUUUAAUAAAGCGGAGCUUUCAAGGUGCUGAACUUUUUUCCAGGGUUGGUUUUUGAUCCAAAUUCAGAGCACUUAUUUGAGAUGUACAAUUAGGUGCCACAAACUUUUCCAGCCUCUUGCAAGAUUCCAGAGCUCUGGGCAUUAGCAGUCUGCGUGCUGCCAAAUGCCAUUUUAGCACUUUGUUCUCACAAUAGGGCCCUUCUCUCGUUCCCCCAAACCCCCAUCUGUCUUGUUUCUCUCCAGAAUUAAAUAUCUGCAAUAGCAAACACAGCCAGAAAGAGGAAGCCCUGUGUUCUCUGGGAGGGAGGGGUGAAUGGGGCUGGGGGAGGGAUUUUAAGUGCUCACUGCCUAAUUAGAGUAAACAGGCAUCUGGUGUAAAGUGUAGCAAUAUAUUGGGACUCAGAGUCCUCAUUUUGCCCCCUUGGUAACAAUUUUCAGGUUUUGACACUUACUGUAUUGGGAUGAAUUCUGCUUUUUAUAUCUAGUUAUGCAUUUGCUCCCCUGCUGACAUAUAUUGUGUUCUUUCUCUCUUGCUGCAUUCAUCUGAGAGAGAUUUUUUUUUUUUGCUUUCAGUUGAUGCAAGUGGUUGGUUUCACUAUGGCCAUCUGAAGCUCUUUGAACAGCUAUGUGAAUCAGUUAUGCUUUUGGUUUGGAGGGAAAGCUGUCCCAAAUUACUGAGCAAACAAAAUCUUUUAUGCUCCUAUGUCUGUGUACCAAGACUUACUUUAGCAAACUUGUUUGUUUUGAAUAUUAUAAUCUGGUUGAACGACACGUAAGAGUCAGCUUGUCCCUGGCUGUCAUCUGCUGGAGGGCUUAGUUAUGCUUGCUGAAACAUAGCUGUUCCCUUCUUAGGUGCCCAAAGAUUUGACCCACCUGGAGGAGUUUGGCUUUAUGUUUGUGCAGUUCUUUUUGAUUGACCUAGGAACUUUCAUCAAAUAGGUGCUCUUGACAACACUUGCUGUUUUGAACUCUUGAGUUUAGUUUUGGAGUCUUCCAAAUAAAAAUGAAGCCUAAACAGGAGAGCAGCAGACAGGGGGAAAUAGAAAUUCAGUUUCCAGAUGUUCAGUUCCUAAUGUAAAUACCACGUUAUUGCAAAUCCUGUGUCAAGACCAUAUAAUGGUGCUUUUUAUUACAGUUAGCACAUGCAUUUUUAGAAACUACAUGUUUUAGACAACCUUGCUGUGUAUAUGUAUACUUCUGUAUUGUUCAACUGUUAGAAAAUAAAUUAUUUCAUUAUUAAA